AUGCGAUGCGCGAGCAAGGCCGCCGAGAGCGCGUCCGCACGUCUCUGUGCGGACGCCGAAGCAGAAACCACAGCAACUGAUGUCUUAUCGGUUGCUAAAGCGACUCAGUCUGUGUCACCUGGUGAUGCAGGCGCUCGUCACGAAGACACUCAUGUCUUCACAGAGUAUGAGCUCGGUGUCUCAUACUCUCCUGAUACGGAAGACGGAUACGUAUCGACGGCGAUCGAAUCCAAGCCGCCUUCCAAGCGUGGCAUGGAUGAUGCUAUGCGUCGUAGCAUCUUUGGUUCAUCUGAUUCAUCAGAUGAACCAUCGCCAAAGCGAAGGCGCUCGAGGUCGCGAGACUCGGGCGCGAACAGUGGUGUCGGUUCUCCUAUUGACACCACUUCGCAACGAGGUGCCAGUCCUUCUGUCGGAACGUCGCAAGAAGAGCGGGACCGCAGUGUGUUGCAUCUCGCUCCCGAGAGAAGGCAUGGAUGUCUCCCAAAUCCGUCAUGGAUCACUUGUCGGCGACGACGAGUGAUCGUUAUCGAACACGGUUGUUCGAUUCGUCAAGGAUCAAUCACCUUGACCCCAGCGCGAAAAGCUAUCGCGCUGAACAUGAAUUCUUCAUCGAUGCUUUCUUCAAACAUCGAUGCGUGGAACGACUAUAUCCAGAACCUCGAGGAUGUAGGUCGUGACGCUUGGAACGACAAACUUAUCAAAGCUCGUGAUAAGUUUGGAAAGCGAACCCAGACAGGUGCACGCUACAAGCCGCAUCUUCUGUCUAGGGAGAAAGGGUUACCCUGCCUCUCCUGGGAAGACUCGUGCCCAUGUUUUGUGAACAACUCUGCACGAGCACCUAAGGAGGCUUACCUCCCUAAUAGCCCGUGGUGGCGCGUACGUAUCUCCAGUGAGAUGUACGAAGGGAUUGACAACCUGAAAUCCCUUUACGACCGCGCCGGGAAGAAUUUCUCGAGCGGUCCUUCUGCGGCACAGGAUGUGCCGCAUCGUACCCCUCGACCAGACCCAGUACGUCAACCAUCAGUUGGGAGCGGGGCUCCCAAGUAUCCCAGGACGGGGGAUAGCCGUGCCACCGGACGAGAUAACUCGUCCGACGUCCGUUCACGUCGCGGUGGUUCAACAGCUGCUCAACCAGAUAGCGCUGGCCACCGCGAGAGUCCUCUAAUGGAGGUGGAGGAGGAGGAAAGACGCUCUCCGCACGAUCGUCGGGAUCCGUGUGUUCCCAAGAGCUUCUUUGAUCGCCAUCGAGCUGAGUUUGCCUUUGCUCAGCUUGAGAACGAGAGAGCUAUGACGUCUCUGCGUGACGAGCUAAGGGUAUCUCGUGGGAUUGUUGAUCGGUCUCGGGCUGAGAUAACUGCUCUUCAGACCCUUGUCGAUGCCCACCAUCGGGAGCACAAGGCUCUCUGCGAGAUGCUUGAGCGCAAGGGCGUUCUUCAUCGGAAGAAGCAGUGUACUGAUGGUACGGCUUAA